CCGGGACUCAGAGCUUGAAAAAUUUUAAAGAUGCUGUGCUACAUUCUGCUUUGCAUGAGUUUUCGCAGCCUUAGAGUGAGCUGCCUGUGGCAUCAUUCCUAGACAAGCGCGGCUACAAAGCUACACGCGCGUUCGCUCUCCCGAAUGUAAUUACCUGCUACAAGUAUGCAUUUUUACCAAGGAACCUCUAGUUUUCCAUGGUAAUUACGUUUUGAAUAUAAUGACCAGUGAGUUGGCAAACUCUAGUGACGUCCACACCAGUCCAAGUGAGCGCGACUUUGAACGCAAAGCUGGCGAACCUCUCAAGGGUCUUGAAGUUCAGGAAAAAUUAGAAGAAAAGCAAGCACAAAGAGAACAAAGUGAAAGAGAAGCUUUGCCCCCUUUUGCAAUGAAUGUUGAGUUGAAUUUUGUGUGGCUGAUUCUAGUGGGCUUGUCAUUUGGUACAAGGAUGUGGCAACUCACCACUCCUAAACAUGUCAUAUUUGAUGAAGUACAUUUUGGCCAGUUUACUAACUUUUUCAUGAAAAACCAAUUCUUCUAUGAUGUCAAUCCACCUUUAGGAAAACUCAUGUUUGCUCUAGCAGCUUACGUCUCUGGAUAUGAUGGUCAGUUUUCAUUUGCUGAUAUAGGACAAGAUCUUGGCGAAUAUGAGCAGCAUGUUUGGUAUUUACGAUUUGUCUCAGCAUUUCUUGGAAGUCUUGUUGUGCCAAUUGUCUAUGAGGUCAUUAUAGAGCUUGGUUGUUCCCACUGGGCAGCAGCUCUGGGUGGAUUUUUGGCUACAUUUGAUAACAUGUUUGUGGUACAAAGUAGACUUGUUAUGUUAGAUUCCCCUCUCCUGUUUUUCAGUGCUGCAUCCCUUCUCUGCUACCUCAAGUUCCGCAAAGAAUCUAAGAGGUAUGAAUACACUGUAAUGAUUCAACACAGCUGCUCAUUUUCCUUUAGCACUAAAUACACUGGCAUCUUCACCUUUUUUGCUGUUGGAUUUUUAACUGGCCGUGACUUGUGGAAACUUAUUGGGGACCACUCUCUUCCAUCAAGAAAACUUGCCAGACAUGUGAUAAGCCGAGUAGCCUGUCUCAUUGUCAUUCCCAGCAUGCUCUACCUGUUACAGUUUUACAUUCUGUUUGCUGUUGCAAGAAAGACUGGUCCCCAUGACGACAUGAUGUCAAGUGCAUUCCAAGCCAGUCUUGAGGGAGGACUGGCUAAGAUUACACAUGGUCAACCAAUUGAGGUAGCAUAUGGUUCUCAGAUCACCCUGCGGAACACCUUUGGCAAACAAUGCUGGCUCCACUCCCACACACACACCUACCCCGUCAAGUACCCUGAUGGGCGUGGCAGCUCAGCACAGCAGCAGGUCACUUGCUAUGGCUUUAAGGAUGUCAAUAACUGGUGGAUUGUCAAAGACCCUAAAAUAGACGCCCUUUCUGUGGAUUUCCCGCCAAGACCCGUGCGCAAUGGUGACAUCAUUCAAAUUGUUCAUGGAGUGACCGGUAGAGCUUUAAACAGCCAUGAUGUUGCCGCUCCUUUGAACCCGGCCAACCAGGAAGUCUCCUGUUACAUUGACUACAACAUUUCCAUGGCUGCUCAGAACCUGUGGAAAGUGGAAAUAAUCAACCCAGACAGCAGCAACGUUUGGAAGACCAUCCACUCGCAAGUCCGACUGAUUCAUGUUAAUACUUCUCAGGCCGUUAAGAUAUCGGGGAUGCAGUUGCCAGACUGGGGUUUUCACCAACUUGAAGUCUGCACGGAUAAAUCCAUCAAACAGACUAACACAAUCUGGAACGUAGAGGAACAUCAGCAAAACAUAACUUAUCCUGAAGGUAAAGGUCCAACAGAGGUUGAAAAGAAACCUGAGCCACUGGAGAGAGCGUUUAAGCCGAUGCCUUUUUUCUCUAAAUUUUGGGAGAUACAGCUCAAGAUGUUAGAGUCCAGUAAGGAACUUGCUAACGAGCACACGUUUGGUUCGCGUCCUUCUUGGUGGCCGCUGAUGAGAAGAGGAGUGGCAUUUUGGAUUGCUAAAGACAACAAUGCUCAAAUAUUUUGCAUUGGUAAUCCUUUUGUGUGGUGGGCGACUACACUGUCACUGCCGGUGUAUUUCGGGCUUUUACUAUUUUAUUUAUUGAGGAGAAGAAGGAAGGUGUACGACUUGUCCAAAGAUUCAUGGCAGCAGUUCGUGUUCUGCGGUGAAGCUGUUGUAAUGGGAUAUCUUCUUCACUUCGCCACAUUCUUCCCGCUAGAGAGAACAUUGUUUAUUCACCAUUACCUUCCCGCGCUGUUCUUUAAAAUUGUUCUUUUACCAGUGAUGUUAGAGCAUGUUCAUCAAGAAAUCUUUAGAUACAAAGUGCUUCGUCAGAUAUUGUACGGGUGUUGUGCGUUCUUGGUUGUAAUUGUGCUGUGGGGAUUUCAUUUCUACAGUCCUUUCACGUACGGUCACGUGGCUCUCUCCUCUGCUGAGAUCAAUCGACGGAAGUGGCUCAAAACAUGGGACAUGCUCUCUCACCCCAACACGUGACACACUUCACUUUCUGAGCCCUAAUCUUCGCUCCUCCAGACUUCUUUCCUUGCGGAGAAACCAAAAGGACCUGAAAAUCAGACAAGAACGUUCUCCACUCCUGAAACUUUUGCAGGACUGGACACAAGUAAAGUGCUGCGCAAGGAUGUCUGGGAUUGUUUGGGUGUGCAAACAGGUGGCCUCUGGGGCUGCAUUGGUUGGAUCUUGUUUUCAACUUCGCGAAGGGAAAAAAACUUUGAAAACAAGCUUACAUACGAGUAAUUUUGCCCGCAACAUUUUGACCUUUAACGCGUCUACCAAACAAUGCCAGAAACAGCGCCAUCGAUUUUCUGGAGGAGAAAAACACUUGUGUGAUAAUGCUCGGUUUUUAUAGACAGAUAUUUUAAUAAUUUUACACGCACUAAGCAAGUUAUUUACAGUAAGGAAGCGACUACUACAGACUUCACUUUGUUAUUUAAUAACCUAUCAGAAAAUUGCAGCAACACUUGUAAGCACUGUUUCUAAAGAUGGCUCUUUUGCUUAUCAUAAUAAGAACACGUCCUGUUACUUAGCGACCACUUGCAUGAAGACCUUCAGCUGUCACGUUAACUGUGGUGUGUCACGCAACGCUACUCGUGGUGAGAAGCAUUGCGAGACCUCCGAAAUAUUGGCUACGAGGACGAGGUGAUUAACAACCAAUUAAGAACUAGUUUUAGGGCAAAACGUUUUAUUCGCUUUUCUUUCCCUUUUGCUUUUUUAACUUUUCUGUAAUCCUCUACUCGAAACAUUUAGAGGCAUUCGCCCUACAAAGUCAGUAGCACACCGUCACCACACUCGGUUCCUAGUCGCCAUCUUCAUUGCAUUACAGGUUUUUCUUUCUUUCUUUCAUGACAUGACAGAUUGCUCUAGUAAAACAGUUCAAUCUAGCGUUGUAAAGUAAAAAAAGAUAGUUCAAAACAGAUUAGUCAGCUGGUUUGACGCUCAAAAAAAACAAAUUUCAGCUUUGAGGCACAUUUAAUAUGUCGUCUUUUAAACAAGUCUAUAUUGAUUUCCACGUUGUUUUAUAUCUUUUUCCUAUUUUUGAUUUCACUUAAUUUUGUCACUGGGUUGUGGAGCCAAUAGGAAAACUCCGAAGCGUUUAAUGUAAUUCAGUGGCAUAUUGGAUAAUCGCCGAUCGACGGCAUCACCGGGGCAUAGAAAAUAUUUCGCUGUAUAACUAUAGUUGGACAGGUAAUGGGGUGUGGUGUAACAACAAACAAUGUUAAAAUCUUACUUGAGCGAUUUUCUUUUGGGAGUUUGAACUGGCAUGCGAGAUUUCACAGAAUAGCAGAUAAUUUUGCAGUUAUUUUUCGUAAAAAUUAAAUUCAAACAAAAUCACGUAAAGAAGAUUGUAAAAAUUUUGUCUUGUCCGUUGAGGUAUUUAUUAGUACUUUACUAAUAAUAAAUUCUAUUUUUUUUCCGAUGCAGGUUUUAAUUACUAGGUAUUUCGUUGAACUGGCUGGUCUGUUUUGUGUGUGUCUAGAUUGUGAAUGAUCAACCGCACAGACGAAUCAAUAAAACUUUAUUGUCUCAAAAUAAGA